CUGAAUCCCACCACUUGGCUAUUUUCUCUCUCAUGUGCAGACUAAUCAGGAUCCAAAGCUUCCAGUUAUAAAUAAAUAGUUGCUCUUCCUCAUUUUCUUUUUUCCUUUUCUUUUAUUGCGAUUAAUCCAUUUUUGUAGCUGCGGAAUCGUAAAUGGAACUGAUUUGAAUUUAGAACUGGUAGGUCUCUGGUGCUGCAAAAGUAGUUCGUCCAAAAAGUCUGCCCCACGAAAGUAUUUUCCUCUGUGGAGAUGUCAUCCGAGGAGAUUUUGAAGGUUGUUUUCCCUCUUCUAGAAGGUAGAGAUCUGGCAACGUGUAUGUCAGUUUGCAAGCAGUGGAGAGAGAUUGCUCAAGACGACUAUUUAUGGAAAUGCUUGUGUGCAAAGAGAUGGCCAUCUGUCUGCAAGCAGUCGUCACCUCCUAUUCUAUCGUAUCACAAGCUUUUUAAAUCAUUUUACAAACGCCAGAAGAACAGAACCCUUCUUCCACCACGAUUAUCCUUCAAGGAUUUGGAGUUUUAUAUCGACAUUUGGACUGAAGAUAACCUUAUGUUCUCGGAAGUGGUUCCGGGACCGGUACUCCAAAAGGGGUCUUGGACUCCACCAACUGGAAUCUCUGAUGUUCUUAGGUUUCACUUGAUGAGCCCAGACUACAAGAUGACGUUGCCAAUGGUACCGAGGUUUAAUAUCCCUUUGGGUCAGACUGUCAGCGUCUCUGUUUUUGUAGGCCGAAAGGAUUCCCAAAAAGUUGCUUGUAUCAUAAACAAGUCUGUUUUCGAUUAUAUAGAUCGCUCCACAUUCCGGGCCCUGGCAUUUGAUUACCUUGACUUUUCACCUGCACACCCUUUCGUGUCCGGUAUUAGGGCGUGGAUUUCUUUGCUUUUCAUGGACCAUGGUAGUGAAAGUGUCAUUGAUGUUUUUGGGAUCGAGCUGGAUUUCUGCGACGCUGCAAACUCAGAGGACCAGGUGCUGUGGCUCCUCGACAUGCUCGACUGGAAGUAAAUAUCAGCAUACAUCAAUUACAGUCUGGUAUAGCUCUCAUUUAGAACGAGUCGUGUGUGUAUAUUCUCAUUGUAUUUUCGUAUGAAUAAUUCUGCAAUCAAAUAAUCAGUGUUUGUGGUCAUUGACCGGCCGCAAUUCCAUUAUUUGGAUUCUAAAGAAAACAGUUUCCCUUUC